UUUCCCUGAGUACGAUCCAGAGGAGGCCAGAACUCCAUGUCCAUCCGCUGGCCGGGCCGCCCCCUCGGAAGCCAUGCCUGGAUACUGAUAGCCAUGUUUCAGCUCGCCGUGGACCUGCCCGCCUGCGAGGCCCUGGGCCCGGGGCCCGAGUUCUGGCUCCUGCCGCGGUCGCCGCCCCGGCCGCCCCGGCUGUGGAGUUUUAGGAGUGGACAGCCAGCGCGGGUCCCGGCCCCCGUGUGGAGUCCCCGGCCGCCCCGCGUGGAGCGGAUCCACGGGCAAAUGCAGAUGCCCCGAGCCAGACGGGCUCACAGGCCCCGGGACCAGGCGGCCGCCCUCGUGCCCAGGGCAGGACUGGCCAAGCCCCCAGCUGCUGCCAAAUCCAACCCUUCUCUCGCCUCCUCAUCCUCGUCCUCGUCCUCGGCGGUGGCCGGUGGGGCCCCGGAGCAGCAGACCCUCCUGAGGAGGGGCAAGAGGCACCUGCAGGGGGACGGUCUCAGCAGCUUCGACUCCAGAGGCAGCCGGCCCACCACAGAGACUGAGUUCAUCGCCUGGGGGCCCACAGGGGAGGAGGAGGCCCUGGAGUCCAACACGUUUCCGGGCGUUUACGGCCCCACCACGGUCUCCAUCCUACAAACACGGAAGACAACUGUGGCCGCCACCACCACCACCACCACGGCCACCCCCAUGAUGCUGCAGACUAAGGGGUUCACCGAGUCCCUGGAUCCCCGGAGAAGGAUCCCAGGUGGGGUUAGCACAACAGAGCCUUCCACCAGUCCCAGCAACAAUGGGGAAGUCACCCAGCCCCCAAGGAUUCUGGGGGAGGCCUCAGGUCUGGCUGUCCAUCAGAUCAUCACCAUCACCGUCUCCCUCAUCAUGGUCAUAGCUGCUCUCAUCACAACUCUUGUCUUAAAAAAUUGCUGUGCCCAAAGCGGGAACACUCGUCGGAACAGCCACCAGCGGAAGACCAACCAGCAGGAAGAGAGCUGCCAGAACCUGACGGACUUCACCUCGGCCCGGGUGCCCAGCAGCCUGGACAUAUUCACGGCCUAUAACGAGACCCUGCAGUGUUCACACGAGUGCGUCAGGGCGUCUGUGCCCGUGUACACCGACGAGACGCUGCACUCGACGACGGGGGAGUACAAAUCCACCUUUAAUGGAAACCGACCCUCCUCUUCUGAUCGGCAUCUUAUUCCUGUGGCCUUCGUGUCUGAGAAAUGGUUUGAAAUCUCCUGCUGACUGGCCGAAGUCUUUUUUACCUCCUGGGGGCAGGGCAGACGCCAUGUGUCUAUUUCAUGGAUUCCGUUGGUGAACCUGUAAAAACAAAACAAACAAAACAAAACAAAAAAGACAAAACCUAAAACUAAGCUAUCUAAGGGGGAGGGUCCCCGCACCUACCACUUCUGUUUGCCGGUGGGAAACUCACAGAGCAGGACGCUCUAGGCCAAAAUCUAUUUUUGUAAAAAUGCUCACGCCUAUGGGUGACUCUGCCUUCUCCCCGAGUUUUCUUUGGAGAACAGAAAGAAGAAACGAAAGAAAGAAACCGGAGGCAGAGAGACGAGGAUACCCAACGAAAGGGACGGGAGGAAGCAUCCGAAACCUAGGAUUCGUCCUACGAUUCUGAACCUGUGCCAAUAAUACCAUUAUGUGCCAUGUACUGACCCGAAAGGCUCGGCCGCAGAGCCGGGGCCCAGCGAAUCACGCGGAGAAAUCUUACAGAAAACAGGGGUGGGAAUCUCUUCCGAUAGAGUCGCUAUUUCUGGUUAAUAUACAUAUAUAAAUAUAUAAAUACAAACACACACACGCACACACUUUUUUUGUACUGUAGCAAUUUUUGAAGAUCUUAACUGUUCCUUUUUAAAAAAAGAAUUGUGUUAUAGGUUA